CCCGCUUCCCUUGCAGAGCUGAACGCGGCGCCGGUUCGCGCUCCGCGGCAGCGAGUCCGCUUCUUACCGGCGCCGGCCCCGGGCGGCGGCGGGGCCGUGGAGCUGGUGGCUGCCAGGGUGCCGGUGCUGGCCGACCAUCCCCUCGUCCGAGGCCCGCGGUUCAAGAAGCUGAAGAUCGGAGCAGGUCACCGGCUGGAUGUGAAGGCCUCGGGAGUCUUCGUGCUUGGCGUUGGCCAUGGGAACAAGCUGCUCACUGACCUGUACAAUUGCCACCUGACCAAGGUUUAUAUUGUUGGUGGGCUUUUUGGUAAAGCCACUGAAGACUUUUCAGACACAGGGAAUUUAGUAGAGAAGACAACAUUUGAUCAUAUCACAAGGGAGAAGCUGGAGCGGAUUCUCGCUGUCAUUCAGGGGACAAAUCAAAAGGCCCUGCUGAUGUAUUCUAACAUUGAUAUGAAAACACAAGAGGCAUAUGAGCUGGCUGUCAAAGGGUUGAUUCGCCCCAUGGGAAAAUGUCCCCCAAUAAUCACAGCAGUCCGAUGCCUCCAGUUUGCACUUCCAGAAUUCCAGCUAGAAAUCCACUGCCUGCAUGAGACUCAGCAGUACCUGCGGAAGAUGGUUCACGAGAUCGGGCUGGAGCUGAAAUCAUCUGCUGUGUGCACACAAGUGCGGAGAAUACGCGACGGGGUUUUCACGGUGGACGACGCUCUCCCGAGAACUCAGUGGAACUUGCAGAGCAUCCAGGAGGCAAUUUGGAACUGUCAGCUCAAAGUGGAAACAGAGCUGGAGAAAACACUGGGACAUGGGGAGCAGUCCUCUUCAUCAGCUGGGUGGGGACACAGCUGAGCAUGCUCUGCCUGCAGCACAAUACGGCAGGGAUGUGAUGGACAGCAGAAGGAAAGAGGUUAAUUGCAGUUCACUUCCACCCUUUCCUUG